GUACACCCCCUGCGGUUGAUUUACUCGUAUUCUGAGACUUUGUCCUUGCCAUUUCCCAGUUGAAUUUGAAAGCUAUGGCCAGCUUCAUUAGUCUUUCAUCUCCUUCUUACUUGUCUCCAACCUCGCCACGGUUCAAGUGUUUGGGAGCGAGAACAAGAGUGUUUGUGCUUCCCGCCAAGUGUUUAGCUUCUGGACCGAGACAGGAAACUGAAUCCAAACCUGAAACGAAGCCGUCGUUGUCGUCUUCGUGGUCUUCGAGCAUUUCGACAUACAACUGGUGUGCAGGAAUCGGAGGCGUAGGUUUUAUUGAAACUGCGUAUCUGUCUUUUCUCAAGCUCACAAAUUCUGACGCCUUUUGCCCGAGUGGUGGCGGCAAUUGCGGUGACGUUCUGAAUAGUGAUUACGCCGUAGUUUUCGGUAUUCCUCUUCCAUUGAUUGGAAUGUUUGCCUAUGGGUUAGUUGGAGUGCUCGGUCUGCAGUUGGGCAGAAAGAACUUACCAUUUGGAAUCGGUGAAUCUUAUGGUCGUUUGAUUUUACUUGGGAGCACUACCUCCAUGGCUGCUGCCAGUGCAUAUUUUUUGUACAUUUUAAGCACAAAAUUUACUGGAUUCUCAUGUUUGUAUUGCCUAACAUCAGCAUUGUUGUCAUUCAGCUUAUUUUUCAUCACUCUGAAGGAAUUUGGAGUUGAAGAGAUACAGAAGGUAGUGGGUAUACAGCUAUGUAUAGCGAGCUUGGUGAUUGCUAGCCUAAGCACCUCAUAUAGUUCUUCUCAAUCUUUACCUUCCAGUCUAGCUGAAGUUGACUUGCCAUAUGUUGAAACUGAGAUAACUACACCAUCAAGUCCUUUCGCUCUAUCCCUUGCAAAACAUUUGAAAGCAAUAGGAGCUAAAAUAUACGGGGCUUUCUGGUGUUCGCACUGUUUAGAACAAAAACAGAUGUUUGGACAGGAUGCUGCGAAGCUGCUGGACUAUGUGGAGUGCUUCCCAGAUGGAUACAGGAAAGGAACUAAAAUGGCCAAGGCAUGUGUGGAUGCUAAAAUUGAAGGGUUCCCUAUGUGGGUGAUUAAUGGUCAGGUUCUCAGUGGAGAGCAAGAACUGUCAGCCCUUGCAGAGGCAUCUGGAUUCUCUGAAUUAAGUCAACAGCCUAGUUAAAUCAUCCAUCAUCAUAGCAGUUCAUGUACAGUCUACAGGAUAAAUUUUUAUGUUGAAUGAACAUUAUUUUCCUCCUUUCUGAAAGCCUUGAGAAGUAUUAGUCAAUAGUGUAUUCAUACUCUAAACUGAUAGAACCUCACGAUUUAAUAUAUUUACAACUAAAUUUUUAACAGUAAGUCAAUAAUUGUAAUUGCAGUUC